AUGAACGCUGUUAUUGCGUUGGCGCUCGGUGCCAGCUCUCUGGCUGUCGCUAUUGCGGAUCCUAGAGUGAUGAUCGAGUCAACUUACACGGACACGAAGGGAUUGAACGACCUGGCCAAGUCGAUGGGAAACAAGUAUAUGGGCACGGCCACCGACAUCAAGCAGCUGAGCGACAAGUAUUACACCGGGGAGCUCAACACAACUCAGGACUUUGGAAUGAUCACUCCGGCUAACGCCAUGAAGUGGGAUGCUACCGAGCCCAAGCAGGGCGUCUUUACGUUCGAGGACGCCGACAAAAUUGUUGCCUUCGCCAACAAAACUGGAGCUCAAGUUCGCUGCCACGCGCUUGUUUGGCACCAGCAAGUUCCGGAGUGGGUGCAAAGUUUGGAGAAGGCUGAGCUGCUGGAGGCCAUGUCCAACCACAUUACCAAGGUCAUGACACACUUCGGAGACACAUGUUACGCGUGGGAUGUCGUGAACGAGGCCAUCGAAGAAGACGGUUCGUAUCGCGAGUCCUUCUGGUACAAGAAGACUGGAAAGGAGUACAUCUCGGCCGCCUUCAAGACAGCUAACGCUGUCAAAGCCAAGCUUAAGCUGAAGGCCAAGCUUUACUACAACGACUACAACAUUAACGUUGCCAACAACAAGUCCGACGCAGUGCUGAAAAUGGUUACGGACUUGAGAAGCCACAAGAUUUGGGUUGAAGGCGUCGGAUUCCAAUCUCACUACAGCAACAACGACACCGUAGCGGGCGCGAAGAUUUUUGAUAAUUUCCGUCGCUUCACAAUUAAGAACAUGGACGUCGCGAUCACAGAGCUCGAUGUGAAGACGAGCACGGCGAACCCCACCGUAACGGAACAGCAACAGCAGGUCGGCAUCAUCACCAAUGCUAUCUCGGCCUGUAAGAAGACUAAGCGCUGCGUUGGCGCGACAGUCUGGGACUUUGUGGAUACCUACUCGUGGAUUAAAGCUUCGGCCCCGCUGCUCUUCUAUCAGCCCGACGGACCCAAUACGCCGCUCGUACGGAAGGCGACGUACGAUGCGGUCACGUCUGGUUGGAUUUGGUAAGCUGACCACGGACAGUUGCAGUCUGGUAAGAAAAGAGGUGUUUAUGUCGUUGUGAAACAAAGAGUUUGCUCGCUUUUAUCGAGUUUUGAAAAUUCUAAAUGUGUGC